UAAGCAUCAAAAUGAAAUUGUAAGAGGGGUUGCAUGAAGGAAUUGAUCUCAUUAAAGACCAGAUCCUCUCCUUGGUCAUGACCAAAGUUACCAAAUUAUUGAGUAUCAAAAUAAGUUUUUAUAUCCUCAGGGAAGCUACUGUUUUGUGGUGGAUCCGGGUCGGAUAAUUCGACCCGUGCAGGCGCGCCGCUAAGGUCAUUUUCAUCAUUUCGUUGAACUUGGUAGAUUGGAGCAGUAGUCGAUGUGGCAGAAGAUGAGACAUCGUGAAUAGGGCGUGUUUGUAGUAAGAAUAAACAAGAGUCGCAGAGGAUGAGGUUGUUGUCGUGGUCAAUCCAUUUGGAGUAGGGAUCUUGUUAGUUUCAACACUAGGGUUUGAUUGAUUCUUAUUAUUAUUGUUGUUAGGUUUUAGCAAAUAUUUUGAUUUCAAACUGUAUUAGUUUCUCCUUUAAAGAAGCUGACCCGGAAUUGGGGUUGAGUUGUAUGGUCUUUUCCCUGCACAAAUCGGGGAAAUGGCUCGAAGGUUUUCUCGUCUUUGUACGGUUGCCUUCAUGUCCAGAUCAAUUACUGGAGCCAUGUUACAACCACCAAUCUUACCCAGCACAUUCCAGUCUCAUCCACACACUGUACCCCAUGGCUAUUUUUAUCCUAUGCUCCAAUUGCAAGCUUUGAGAUCAUAUGCACAUAACAGACGUUCCGACUAUGAUCUAUUUGGCGGUGGUAUACCUAAACCAGAUGAGUUUAAGAAAGCGUGGGCAAAACAAAUGGAUGACGAAGAGAGCCGUCUUUGGACAGCAAGUGAAGAUGAAAGCGACUCCGAUAAAGGUGAUAGUCAUCGCCGUCUCAGAAAAGAGAUUAGGAAAGCCAAACAGCGAGCAAAAGAGCAAGAUGGUCCUAUUGAUGCAGAUGAUAGUGACGAACUGAGAAGUCUGUGGUCUGAAAGUGAUGAUGAGAAGACAUUAUGGACUGGUAGUGAAGGAGAUGAUGACGAUGAUAUUCCGACUGACCCAUACCCAAACAAAAAGAGUGAUAGUUACAUUGAUAAACUGUUUGAGUUUGAGGAAAAACCUAAAUAUAGAACACUCUCUGAAGCCUUGAAAUCUGAGCAGGAACCUGAAGAGUUAUCUCCGGGAAAGCAAGCUAGAAAAAUUGCAGUGGAAAAUGCCCUUAAGAAAUUGAAAAAGGGUCCUGAUGGGCGUUUCAUUAAUGUUUGGGAGGUUAUGAGCGAUUUGGACAUUCUGAUUGGUGCUUUUGAGAACAUCAUUUCCGGACCAGAAUAUGCUGAAUUGAGACAGGGAGGACCUAAGAAAUUGAAUAUGCAGUUUUUCAAAGACAUACAAGCUCGUAUGAGAGAUCCAAACUUUGAGUUCUCUCCUGAAAUAAAACUGAAACCAAAGAGCAAAUUGGUACGUAGAAAGAAAUGGCAGAAAACAGAAUCUAGGCGUAGGAAAGCACGGAAACGAUAGCUUCAUGAUGCCGCCUUUCUUUUUUGCAUCUAAACACUGUACCAGUAGAUUUGUUUCUUAGUGGCUGAUUCCAAGUUUCUUCGACUAUUGGAUCCGAGAUAAUUCAUGUCCAGAAGAUGUGUCAACUGUUGAUGGACUUGCUUACUGCUUUCUGUAAAUUAUUUAUGAUUGCUUUAGGUAGACCAUUUACUUUCGAUUACUAA